CUCUCAUAUAAAUUCCAUUUGUUUCGGGAUAAAUCUCCACAUGAGUCGUUUUUAAAAACUGUUGAGCCCCAAUAACAGAUUUUUCUGCUAACAUCAGCUUCAUUUUUUUUCCAAUCAGGUUAAAAUGCCGACCGAAGGAGCCGAUCGCACCACUCCAGGCCUACAGGGGGCGCUGUGAAACAGCUCCGGAUCACGCUGCGCUUCCUGUCACCUCAGUUGUUAGCACAUGUUCAGGAGGAGCAGCGUGAGGAGCUUCGGAGCCGAGUGAAUCUCUGGAUAAACUGGUGAAAUGACAGAAAGCAAAGCGGAGUCCGCUUCGCAGCGGCCCAGAGAGCUGCUGGCGCUGAACCCGGAGCUGGAGGUCGAGUUCAAGAAGAAGGUCCAAGAGGUGAAGAAGAAGAACCGCGGCGGGAAGGGGAGCCGUGUAACUCCAGGUGUGGUGUAUGUCGGCCAUCUUCCUCUGGGGCUGUUCGAGCCGCAGCUCCGGUCCUACUUUGAGCAGUUCGGGACGGUCCUGCGCCUGCGGCUGUCCAGGAGCAAAAAGACCGGCGGCAGCAAAGGUUUCGCCUUCAUCGAGUUCGAGAGCGGCGAGGUGGCGAAGAUCGUCGCGGAAACCAUGAACAACUACCUGAUGGGGGAAAGGCUCAUCAAGUGUGAGGUUCUGCCUCCAGAGAAGGUCCACGAGAAGCUGUUCGUCGGGUCCCAGAGGAUGUUCCGCAGGCCGGCCCAGCCCGCCGUGACCCGGUACAACCGGUCCCGCUCGACGGAGCAGCUGGAGGCCAUGACCCGCCGCCUGCUGAGGAAGGAGUCGCAGCUACGCAGGAAGCUGGCCCGGCAGGGGGUCCAGUAUGACUUCCCCGGAUUUGCGGCCCAGAAGAAGACGACCUCCGCCGUCCUGGACGCUUCGUCCUGCAGCGAUACCACGCCCGUCUGUACGCCGUCCUUCCUGGAGAGGAGGAAGUCCACGGUCGUCCUGGACGACGAGGAGGACAGCGAGAUCAUCCUGAAGAUGCCGGAGGAAGAGGAAGACGAUGAUGAUGAUGAUGACUGCAACAUGGAGGAAGAGGAGGACUCUGACAGCUCUGAGGACAAAGAGGAGGCCCAGUGAAGGGUUUCAGUAUUUAAGGUGGACUGGGACAGUUUCUACCUCCAGACUGGAGCCAGAGCGACCCGAUUGGUCCAACAGAACCGGGCUGGUCCAGGAUGGCUCUGCUUCCUGCUUUAUUAUUGUUAUUGCUAUGAUGAAGAAUGUGUUCUUGUCAGUCCAUUAGAGAAUAUUCCCUAAUAUUGCAGCAGAGAAGCGGACCGGGCCUGAUCCGGACCAGCCAGGGAAAACGUGGGCUGCGUCACAUGACCAAUCACGGACCGCAUGACCCCCCCCCCCCCCCCCCCCCCGCCCUCCUCCCCGAACCUCCCCAACAAACAUAGACCACAUAUGUUCCCUGCUGGUCAGCUGGUGAUCCAGUGGAUCAGUCAGAAACUUCUGGGCCGUCUCAGUCAUGAUGCUGGUCCGAUGAACCCAGACGAUGUUUUCAGACCUAUGAGCUCCGAUCUGCUGCUGUGCUAAAACCUGCGCUAAUACCGGCGCUAACAUCGGUGCUAGCAUUAGUGCUAAAAGUGGCGCUAACAGCAGUUUCAUGGUUAAGGCGUUAGGAUCUGCAGCUGGGCGUCGUUCUGCCGUGUUACGGGUUUUAGCGGGACAGAACCAGAGAAUGAAACAAAAACAGGGAAAUAUUUCAGUUUAAUAAAAUAUUCAAAGCUGCAGCGAUCAGAUCCCUGAUCGACCAAAUGGAUCCUCUCAGUACGGCUCGAGCUUCAUUAUUAAUUCAUUGUUAAAGUAAAACUAUAAAAGAAUAAAACUGUUUCUGUGCCAGUUCAUAACAUCAUAAGGAAUUGAUUUCAUAUUGUCUCCUGGGUAACUGGGCCACUGCUGGAUCCCAGGCAGUGGCCCAGAAGAGGGGGUUCUUCUGGUACAGAGGGAUGCAGCAGCGUUAGAGCUCUUUAAAAAAAAACGAGCAAAUGUUUAACUUUCAGGCAUACAUUGACUUAAAUUAGUUUCCUGUCUUUUUUUCUUAUAAAUAAAUGUUGUUGCAAAUA